AUGCUGCCACGUAUAAUUCACUGUAUGUCAGUCAGAUAAUUUUAUUGUCUGUUGUGCGGAAUAAUAUCGUUUGUCUAUCGUUUUUAGUUCGAGCUGCUCGCCUGGACAACCAAUGUGUUGUUAGCUGUUAGCUUAGUAGCCUAGCAUAGCCAUUUAACAAUGAACUACAUAUUACAUCGCUGUAGCAGUCUCAAGUUUAUAGCCUGUUUCGCUUCGAGAAACCCACAUCACCAUGCCAGUAGAUGGUUCGGAGGACCAGGCCUCUUUCACCUACUCUAGGCCGGCCAGCAUUGCUCUCACCAGGGGAGCCUCAGAAGAGAAUGGAGGAUCAGCGGUUUGUUCUCAGGGCUCUGAAGCUGCUUCUGCCUGCCCAGAUGUUAACGAUGCAGAGGGGGGAAACGGCGGUGGUAAAAGGUCUGGAGCACUGCUGCAUAUCGACCGCCAGCGCAUCCAAGCAGCUUCUGCCAGUUCGGGGGCCGAUGAGCUGCAGGGUCUUGGUGUGGCCAUCUAUGAUCAGGAUGUCCUCGAGCAAGGUGUCCUGCAGCAGGUGGACGAGGCCAUCCAUGAGGCCAAUCAAGCUGCCGCCAAAGCUGAGGCAGAGAAGGAAUACGAGUCAGUGCUGGAUGAUGUCAGGUCUGUUUCCGUAUCCCUGAAACACAUCAAUAAAAUCAUUGAGCAGCUAUCUCCGUACGCUUCAGCAAGUAAAGACAUCAGUAGGAAGAUUGAGUCGGUCAAAAGGCAAAAAGAAAAUAAGGAGAAGCAGCUCAAGAAGGUCCGAGCCAAACAGAAGCGACUUCAGGCUAUUUUAGGAGUAGAGGCCACCCAAAAUUUUGAAGAUGAGGUUUUGGCAGCGGAUGCAGAAGAGACAGAGCCUGGCCCGUCAACACUGGGCAGCAUGCUCAUGCCAUCUCAGGAGACAGAGUGGGAGGAACUUAUCCGGACAGGUCACAUGACGCCUUUUGGUACACGAAUCCCACAGAAGGAGGAGGUCAAGAAGGAGCCUCGGAAACUGAUGCUGGCUGAGAACUCUGCCUUUGAUCAGUACUUAGCCGACCAGGCCAAGCUGGCGACCGAGAGGAAGAGAACCCCUCUCUUGAAGAAGAAGAAGAGGUCUGGACUUUGUCCUAAUAGGGACGAAACCAGAAGAACCGCUUCCUCUCCAAAGGAUAAGAAAAUGCGUAAGCGCAUGCGAAAGCUCCAGAUAACCGCUCUGAAGGCUCAUCCCAAGGCAAGACCCAAGUCUGAGCCACAAGCACCCAAGCCGAAGAGGAAGCCUCAAAUUGAAGGUGAAGAGGUUGACAGCGAGGGGUCAGAGUACCUGCCGAGCGAUGAAGGAUUUGAUCCUGACCAAGAGGAGAGAGACGCCAUGGAGGAGGGCUACGGGAACGAUGAUGACGAUGACGAGUAUGAAUUGAAACCAUACAAGAGGAAAAAUGAUGCAAAGGGCAGGAGGGGGAGCAAGAAACAACAGAGCGAGGAAGAGUACUCCCCUGAGAGCUCAGAUGAAGUUGAGGAUGUCAGGAGGAAAGAGAAGAAAUUCAAGGAUGAUGGGGAUGUUGAAUAUUACAGACAGCGAAUAAGGAGGUGGAAGCGACAGCGUCUCAGAGAAAGAGAGGAGAGGAGGGAAAGAGGCGAGGAGCUGACAGACGACAGUGAUGCAGAGUUUGAUGAAGGCUUCAAAGUGCCUGGCUUUCUCUGGAAGAAACUUUUCAAGUACCAACAGACUGGAGUGCGGUGGAUGUGGGAGCUCCAUUGUCAGCAAGCAGGCGGCAUCCUGGGAGAUGAGAUGGGUUUGGGUAAAACCAUUCAGGUCAUCAGCUUCCUGGCUGGACUCAGCUACAGCAAGCUGAGGACCAGAGGAUCCAACUACAGGUAUGUUGGUCUGGGUCCAACUGUCAUCGCGUGUCCUGCUACAGUCAUGCACCAGUGGGUGAAGGAGUUCCACACGUGGUGGCCUCCUUUCAGAGUUGCUGUCCUUCAUGAGACCGGCUCCUUCACCAGCAACAAGGAAAAGCUGAUUCCUGAGAUAGCAUCUUGUCAUGGUAUCCUGAUAACCUCAUAUUCAGCAGUGAGGAACUUGCAGGACACCCUGCAACGCUAUGAUUGGCACUAUGUCAUCCUUGAUGAGGGCCACAAGAUCAGAAAUCCAAAUGCUGGAGUCACCACAGCCUGCAAACAGUUUCGUACUCCUCACAGGUUCAUCCUCUCUGGCUCUCCCAUGCAGAACAAUUUGAAGGAGCUGUGGUCUCUGUUUGACUUUGUCUUCCCUGGAAAACUGGGCACUUUGCCCGUCUUCAUGGAGCAGUUCUCUGUGCCCAUCACCAUGGGAGGAUACAGCAAUGCCUCACCUGUCCAGGUCCAGACAGCGUUCAAGUGUGCAUGUGUGCUGAGAGACACCAUCAAUCCUUAUCUCCUUCGUAGAAUGAAGGCCGACGUCAAGACCAACCUCGCCUUACCUGACAAAAACGAACAGGUCCUAUUUUGCAGGUUGACACAAGAGCAGCGGCAAGUUUACCAGAGCUUCUUGGACUCUAAAGAAGUCUACCAGAUACUGAACGGGGACAUGCAGGUUUUCUCAGGCUUGAUAGCGCUGCGUAAGAUCUGCAACCACCCAGAUCUUUUCUCUGGAGGGCCCCGGCUGUUGAGGGGGAUCCCGGAGGAGUCGCUGACAGAAGAGGAGCACUUUGGCUACUGGAAACGCUCGGGCAAGCUAAUCGUGGUGGAGUCACUGCUGCGUCUUUGGUUCAAGCAGGGUCAGAGAGUCCUGCUCUUCACGCAGUCUCGACAGAUGUUGGACAUCUUGGAGGUGUUUGUGAGGCAGAACAGCUACAAGUACAUGAAAAUGGACGGCACGACUUCCAUAGCUUCCCGACAGCCCCUCAUUGCGCGCUACAACGAGGACACAUCUAUUUUUAUCUUCUUGUUGACCACUAAAGUGGGAGGUCUGGGAGUCAACCUGACAGGAGCCAACAGGGUCAUCAUCUAUGACCCUGACUGGAACCCCAGCACUGACACACAGGCAAGGGAGCGGGCUUGGAGGAUUGGUCAGAAACAGCAAGUGACCAUCUACAGGCUCCUCACUGCAGGGACUAUUGAGGAGAAAAUCUACCACAGGCAGAUUUUUAAACAGUUUCUGACUAAUCGUGUUCUGAAGGACCCCAAACAACGGCGGUUCUUUAAGUCCAAUGAUAUAUAUGAGCUAUUCACUCUAGCUGACCCAGAUGGGACAAAGGGCACAGAGACUAGUGCUAUAUUUGCAGGUACUGGUUCCGAUGUUAAGGCACCUAAAAAACUAGACAGGACGCAGCGCAACAAACCCUCCAAGGUGGACCAGAAUGAAUUGUGUGCAAACAGACAUUCCUCAAUGAACAUUCCGACGUCUCCAAGUAGAACAUUAUCUCAGGGCCAAUUAAAUGGUAACAUGGACAUAGUAAACAACCACAAUGGCGUGGAUGCGCACUCCCAUAUAUCAGCCAGUAAGCAAAAUAACUUAAGCCAAGAGAAUUUUAACGACGCAAACUGCAGCCAGAAGCACAGGAAGAAGAGGAAGCACUGUGACUCCAACACUGUGGAAAGACAUAAAAGUAAGAAGCAUAAACGCAACAAGGACGCUCGCUUUGAGGGCCAGCGCAUCUCUCACUUGGUGAAGAAGCGAGGAUACACGAAAGUGGAGACUGCCGAGCAGCCUGGCGACCAGAAGAAGUCAGAUGAUUAUGUUUUGGCAACGCUCUUCAAGAAAUCUGGAAUCCACAGCGUCAUGCAGCACGACUCCAUUAUCGAGUCCUCCAAUCCAGACUACGUUCUGGUAGAGGCGGAGGCCAACAGGGUGGCUAGAGAUGCCCUGAAGGCCCUCAAAGUCUCACGUCAGCAGUGCAGACUGACCCUCAGUCGACACCCUCCACCACCCGCACGGAAACGCUUUGGACAAAAGAAGAAUUCUCUCCUGGUUGGACCAUCUGUCCAGACUAUGUCCACUUCCAACAAAUGCAAGGAUGCUGCCAUUAUAACAAAGACAAAGUCAAAAAAGCCUGGUUCAGGGGCUCAUUUCAGCGGGGAGAUGGCUGAAACUGACUCGAGCUCUGCCCCUCUUUCCUCAUCCACCCUGCUGGACAAAAUGAAAAGCCGCAACCACCUCAGCCUUCCCUCUGUGAGCCACAGAGGAGGAGGAGAAGAAGAGGAGGAGGACCAGGAGGACGGUGCCGAGCGCUCACGCUCCCCUCCACCUCCACUUACUGAGCACGACGAGCUCCUGGCGGACCUCCGCAACUUUGUGGCCUUCCAGGCGCACGUGGACGGGGAGGCCAGCACGCAGGAAGUGCUGGAGUACUUCAAACCCCGACUGAGGGAGAAUCAGGCGCCCGUCUUCAGAGAACUGCUCAGGAGAGUAUGUGACUUUCACAGGUCGUCUGGACAAGCGGGCAUCUGGAGGCUCAAGGAGAACUUCCGCUAAGUUCACAAAUACAGUGGAACCUCGAAGGCCUGCCACACAGCACGGGUCCACCUCGCAUAGUAGUAAGAAAUAAUCUGCUCCAGAGACAAACUGUCACCAUUCCAAAGUUACAUCUUUAUGCAACGUUUAGUGCAAGUUUACCACUGUACAAUGAAACUGUGACCAUAUUUCUGGUUCCAUGGUCAUCAGUCCUCUCUGUCUUUAUGCUCUCCCUGGUGUCCUCCUGUGGUGGCCUCGCAUAAAAGCCAAAGAAGCAAAACACCUCUGACAUCACACACAAUAAAGGUUUUUAUGCCAUUUUAAGGGAAUAUUUUGACCUAGUUUGAGGUUCCACUGUACUUGUCAGUAGUAGUUUCGACCAACUCUCGACGCACCUCAAAAUCAUCCAGUUCAUUCUUGUUUUGUAUGAAAUCUACAUUACUGUAACAUGACAAAUAAUUGCACAAGAUGUCAUACACUCCACUGGCAAUGUGUGUAAUUUAUUCACAAGUUUUUAUUUGUAUCUGGUCGUACUUGAAUUUACUGUAAAGACAAAACGGACUCAACUGCUUCAUUCAUGCUCCUCAAAGUGGAACUCUAUGCAAGAUUAAUAUCUCAAAUCAUGGUAAAAUUUGCUUAUUUUUGACCAAAAAAAUAUUUUUUUGUUAGCAGCACUUUCUGUUGACCAGUUUGCUUGUCUUAAGUCAAAUUUGUACUAAAAUUGUAGGUAUAUGACUUCAAAUAAAUUAAUAAUCCACCUAGGAGAAGAACAUUAAAAAUGUUGAAGAAACACUUGGGCCCUUGAUUUUGUAGAUAUUUAUCUUGGAUUUCCACACACUGUACUCCUGUCUCAGUCAUUACCUCAUUUUCUAAUGUGUCACGUGUCAUAAUGUAGGAAAUAGAAAUACAAAUUAAAUGUGCCAUUUGAACGAGUUGUUUAUUGUUUGUU